AUGUAUCUAUCGUCUCCUACACCUGGCACUGAUAUGCUUUUAAACGAAGAAGCACUACAGAGGUGGAGCACUAUUAUAGGCAUCAUUACGGCUAUCAUUGGAAAUGUGCUAAUCUCAUUCGCACUAAAUAUACAACGCUUCGCUCACCUUAAGCUGCAUGAACAAAGGGUACAUCAAAAGAUUGGGGAAGAAAGCAAUUCAUUGAAUAAUGAUGAUGAUGAACAGCUCAGAUACAAUACUCAGGGCGUAGAUGAAAACACAAGACCGUACGGUUUGGCUAGAAUACAUUCGGCCGAAUGUACCAACCAAGGACAUGCGCCAAAUACUUCAUAUCUGCAGUCACCAUAUUGGUGGGGGGGAAUUUUCUUAAUGACUUUCGGUGAGGCUGGAAAUUUCUUGGCCUACGGCUUUGCCCCGGCCUCUAUUGUUUCUCCUCUCGGUGUUGUAGCACUCAUUUCAAAUUGUGUUGUUGCGCCUAUAAUCCUUAAGGAAAAUUUCAGGCCUCGAGAUGUCUUGGGCGUCAUUGUCUCUGUAGCUGGGGCUGUAACUGUUGUAUUGAGUGCGAAGCAGAAGGAACGAAAACUUGGCCCUCUUCAAAUCUGGCAAGCCAUCACAACUAUAGAAUUUGAAAUCUAUGUGCUCACGACCACACUGCUGAUCACUAUUUUGCUAUGGGCUAGCCCUAGGUACGGCCACAAGAUAAUCAUAAUCGAUCUUGGACUCGUUGGAUUAUUUGGUGGGUUUACUGCACUAUCAACGAAGGGCGUCGCAUCAAUGCUUUCCUCAACUCUCUGGAGAACACUGGCAACACCCAUAACUUAUGUGCUGUUGAUAGUAUUGAUCAGCACGGCUGUAAUGCAGGUAAAAUACAUUAAUAGAGCCCUUCAGCGGUUCGACUCUACACAAGUCAUCCCUGUGCAAUUUGUAACAUUCACAUUGUCAACAAUUGUUGGAAGUGCUGUCUUGUACCGCGACUUUGAAAAAACAACCACCAGUGCAGCAGCUAAGUUCAUGGGAGGCUGUAUUUUAACUUUCUGUGGUGUUUGGCUGAUUACUAGUGGAAGGAUCCCUGAUAAUGAUAGUGCAUCCAAAUAUGCUGAAUACGAAGACUCGUCUGAAGAACAGCAAAAUCUUAUAAAUUUUGAUGAAGAUUGUGAGCGAACAUCAGCCCACACGCAAAGUAACCUGUCCCAUAAUGAAAAUUUUGGGGGAAUAGGACUAGGUAGCUCUUUCGAAGAAAGCUCCAUUCAGACUUCAAGAGGGCUAACAACACCUCGAAAAUUUGGCAGCUCAUCAACUGAUACACAUUCAAGGGUUACAGUGAUGGCUGGAAAUUGUUCAGAAGAGACACCGCUUCUCAGUUAUGAUCAGUCUGCCCUUUCUAGAGAACAAUUCCAACUUUUGAAUUCGGAUAACAAGAAAGUAAAAUCUCCUUUCUGGCCUCUGGAAGCUCAUGCGCCAAAUAAUCACGUUCCAAGAACGCCCAACAAGCUGAGGUCAUCAUACGAAGAUCAUUCACAUAAGCACUUGAUUGGGACUCACUCACCUACCUCAACACUUGAGCGUAAAGCAGAGCGAUCAACUAAUUCGACUUUUCAUUCAUUAUCACGAUUAUUACCUGGCCCCUUACUAUCACCUUUAUCCGGGGGUUUAAGUGGUGUUGCAGCCGAUUCAAUCUGGCGAAGUGUGAAAACGUCACCUUGCUGUAAAAAUCACAAGCUCAAUCGUGAUGGACUUUUUCGAACUCUCUCUGGGCCACAGGGAAUCUCGAUUUCUAGAUAUCAAGCAGAUGGAUCAUUAAUUUCACCAUUAAAACUGAGGAAAGAUACAUUCACGAAUUCUUGUCAUUCCCUUGGGGCGGACAAACUGUCGGUUCUAACGAGGCCACAGAGCUCAAGAAAUGCGCUUCGAGAGAUACCACAACGGAUCAGUCGAAAGACAGACAUUGAUGCUAGAGAGGAGGCUGGUCCAAGUAGAGUUUAA